UAGCAAUAUACCGUCUGCAGCCAGCAUAUCCAGCCCAUAGAACUUUACGAUGCUGGUGCUUCGUGUGAUUUUACUCUCACUCUGUGAUUUAAUCUUACUGAGUGGAAGUUCCAUAGACGACUAUAAGCAGCUCCAGAAAUCACUGAUGGCUGACUAUUCCAACAAGAUCCGCCCUGUUUAUGACCAAGAUGAAACAAUUUACAUUUUCACAACGUUCUAUUUGUCCAGUAUUGUUGAAGUUGACGCUGUCCAGCAGCGACUAGUGACCACCGCGCACCUUGGCAUUAUUUGGACAGACGAGCUCCUUCAGUGGGAUGAAAGUAGUACAGGAGUUGAAAGGCUGUAUUUCAAACAGAAAGAUAUCUGGACUCCUGACGUGGUACUUAUGAAUGGCGUCAAAGAGUUCGAGGAAUUGGGCGGGGAUUUCUACUAUGUGGAGGUUGUACCGGACGGAACGGUUUACUGGUAUCCCUACCAGAUAUUCGAGAGCAAGUGUGAUAUCGACAUAACCUACUUUCCUUUCGACACUCAGAUCUGCAAUUUUAUCUUCGUCAGCUGGAGCUUCCUGAAAAGUGAACUGAAUAUUACUUUAUAUGAGGAGAAUGCACCAAUAGAUUACUAUGACUAUGUGCAAAACUCGGUAUGGGACAUCGUGCAUUCAACUUCUCCUGAAUAUGAAGCGGAUGCUAAGGUUACAUUCACCCUGACUCUGCGCCGUAAACCACAGUAUUACGUCAUGAAUUUGAUCCUACCAGUCGUUCUUUUAGGAGUGAUAAGUCUCCUGGUAUUUGUAAUACCCGCAGAUGCCGGAGAGAAGAUGUCGUUUGCGGUGACUGUUUUUCUGGCGUUCGCUGUGUUUUUAUCCAUAAUCAGCAUGCAACUUCCGGUUAAUUCAGAAAAAACAUCAAUGUUGGGAGUAUAUCUCAUCUUUCAAAUGACGCUUGGGGUGGGUACCAUAAUUUUGUCCUCCUUUCAACUCAGGAUCCACUAUAGAAAGUCCGAAAGAAAGGUGGGCAAGUUUUACAGAGGAAUUGUUACUAUGGAGAGAUUCCUGAGGUGUAAAAUAUGCUUGAAACCUUCCCAUCAGAGAAAAAGCAACAGACAAUCUUUCGAACAAGAUGCUUAUUUCGAUGAUGUUAACUGGAAUGACGUAUCAUCUGCGUUUGAUUUCUUUUGUUUCUGGGUAAUGUUGCUUUUAGAAAUGGCCGCAAUCAUAAUCUUUGUCAUGAAUUUGAUAUAAAAACACCCGUAAAGUGGUCACAGCCGAAGAAUCACACAUUUACUGGGGGUAGUUUCAUGAAUAAUUUCGUGAUCAACGCAUAUGCCCAUUUCCUGCAACUUGAACAAAUAUUCGGAUACAUCUUCUCUUUAUUAUUUGCUAUCUUAUAACUUAAUUUCAUGUCAUUAUCAAUUACAAAACCAUAAAAUGAUGGUGUCCAACGAAUGAAAACACAAUCUGCAGAGACAUUGUAUCAUAAGACAGAUUAUUUCAAAUUUGUUUUCAUUUUAUUAGGAACAUAAGUGGGUUUUUAUUUUUUAUACAUUUCGUUUUCUUUGUUUUUGGCGAAUGUUUGUUAACCAAAUCAAUUCAUGUACAUUAUUGAAAUGUGGAACAAAAACUAAACAGUAUAUGGAUUUUGAAGGAUCAGCUGCGACAGAUUGCUUUUAUAAAUGUCAAUUAUAUAUUAUCAUACUACAUGUUCGUUAUCUUCACCUUGCAUGUAUGAAUUAAAGUGUAUAAAC